AUGGGUAAGGUGCAGCUCUUCGAGAUCCGCCUGGGCGAGAGCCGCGUCGUCUACAGCCCCGGAGAGCCGCUGGCCGGCACCGUCACCGUGCGCCUGUCGGGCUCGCUGCAGUACCGAGCCAUCAAGGUGAGCUGCGUGGGGUCCGGUGGGGUGUCUAACAAGAUCAAUGACACAGCGUGGACCGUGGAGGAGCAGUACUUCAACAGCACACUGUCCCUGGCAGACAAAGGGGUCCUGACAGCUGGAGAGCACAACUUUCCCUUCCAGUUCCUGCUGCCAGCCUCUGCUCCUACAUCAUUUGAAGGCCCAUUUGGCAAGGUCCUCCACCAGGUGAAAGCUGUGAUAGACACACCUCGCUUCUCCAAGGACUACAAGUGCAACAAGAUCUUCUAUGUUCUCUGCCCUCUCAACCUGAAUGACAUCCCUGACAUCGAGCAGCCCAACACUAUGUCAAUCACCAAGAAGUUCAACUACAAGCUGGUGAAAAGUGGCAACAUUAUCCUGACAGCCACCUCGGAUCUGAAGGGCUACAUCGUGGGGCAAGCGAUCCAGCUGCGCACCGACAUAGAGAACAAGUCAGGCCGGGACACCGGGGCCGUGGUGGCCAGCCUGCUCCAGAAAGUGGCUUACAAAUCCAAGCGCUGGAUUUACGACCUGAGGACCAUUGCUGAGGUGGAAGGCUCAGGAGUGAAAGCCUGGAAGCACGCAGAGUGGAAGGAGCAGAUCCUCGUUCCAGCACUGCCCCAGUCCAUUCUGCAGGGCUGUAGCCUCAUCCAUAUUGACUACUACAUCCAGGUUUCCCUCAAGUCACCAGAGGUUUCUGUCACUCUGCCCAUUUACAUUGGUAACAUUGCUGUGAACAGGGUCCCCCUGAGCCCAUCCUGCUCUAUCCAGCACAUCCCCUCUGCAGUGGUCCCCAGUGCCCCCCCGGAGGAAGAGGAGGCUGCAAGUGGCUAUCACCCAAUGGACAAUGUCUCGAUCCCCACCAAAAGCCACUCCCAGCAGCAGCCAUUCAGCUACGCCCCAGGACUGAGCUUCCAGGAGCUGAGGGGGGACUCGGAGCAGACAGGCUCCCCAAGCCACCCCACGCUCUGCCUGUCCACAGGAGCCACUGUCCCUUACUACGCAGAGGGGAACGUGGUGCCCGUCCCCACCGCCAGCUCCCUCAUCCUGCCUCCGGAGUACAGCACCUGGGGCUACCCCUACGAGGCACCUCCCUCCUACGAGCAGAGCUGCAGCAGUGCCAACUCCAGCAUCAGCAAUGGCAAUUAG